CUUGUGUCAAUAUCAACUUGACAACUCACAGAGACAGAGAGUUACAAAACAAAAAUAAAUAAAUAAAAACCCAUUUUGAAUCGAUAACUAUCCACGACGGCUUCUUGAAUACACAAAAACGGUCGGAUUCGUGUUGACUGACCAGAGUCCGCGAAUUUUGAGAAUAUAAUUCUUCGAUCCCGUCAUGACGGAAAGCCACAAGUUCGGCACCUUGAGCCCCAUUACCUGCCAUGCCUGGAACAAGGAUAGAACCCAAAUAGCGUUUUCACCGAACAACCAUGAAGUUGAGGUGCACCAGCGCAAUGGCAACGACUGGAAACUCUUGGACACAUUGAACCAACACGAUUUACGCGUGAUGGGCAUCGAUUGGGCCCCGAACACCAACAGAAUCGUUACGUGUGCGGCUGACCGUAACGCUUACGUGUGGAGUCAAGACUCAACGGGCAAAUGGAAACCCACUCUGGUCCUCCUAAGAAUUAACAGGGCGGCCACUUGCGUAAAAUGGUCCCCAAACGAGAACAAAUUCGCGGUGGGAUCCGGGGCGCGUCUCAUCUCGAUUUGCUACUUUGAAAGUGAAAAUGACUGGUGGGUUUCCAAACAUAUUAAAAAGCCCAUUAGGUCUACAGUGUCUACUUUGGAUUGGCAUCCAAAUAAUGUGCUUCUGGCCACCGGUAGUGCCGAUUUUAAGGUUAGGGUUUUCUCGGCCUUUAUUAAGGAUAUUGAAAAGAUGCCCGAGGGGACUGCUUGGGGACCCAAGAUGCCUUUGGGGCAACUGAUGGCUGAGUAUGUUAACUCCCCACUUGGUGGCGGAUGGAUUCAUUGUGUUAGUUUUUCACCCGACGGAUCCAAAGUUGCUUGGGUGGGUCAUGACUCCUCGAUAAACGUAGCCGAUCCCACCCAAGGCAGCGCCUUCAUAAAACUAAAAACGGAAUUCCUGCCGUUCCUGAGUUGCACGUGGAUCAGCGACAAGACAAUUGUCGCGGCAGGACACAGCUGCGUCCCCAUUUUAUACAAAUUAAACGGGAACAGUUUGAUUUUUGCCGGGAAACUGGACGCUUCGCAAAAGAAGGAGUCCGGAGGUUUAUCGGCGAUGCGCAUGUUCCACUCGCUGGAUAAACAGGCGAGAAGCGAAAACUCCGACACGAGUCUGGAUUCGGUGCAUCAGAACGCGAUUUCUUGUUUGUGUAUUUACCAGGGAAGUAAGAGCAGAGCGGCGAAGAUAAGCACGAGCGGAUUGGAUGGGCAGCUGGUCAUUUGGGAUAUUAACUCGUUGGAGAGGUCAAUACAGGGAUUGAAAAUCGAGUGAUUUUUGUUUUGUUAUUUUGUGGUUUAAUGAUGCGGAUGGCAUUUGAAGGUAGAGAAUGUGUGCUUUUGUUCAAUGAGUGGUGGUUUUUUUGGUUCCAAUAAAGAAGUUCCCAUCA